AUGGGCAAAGAUUACCUCGGAGAGGAACAAAGGCGUGUUCAGAGUGACAAAGACGAGAAGGACAUAAAAGCUCUUGAUGAGGGUGACAUUGCUCUUUUGAAAACUUACGGUGCUGCUCCUUAUAAUGAGGAAAUUAAAAAGUGUGAGGAUGACAUCAAUAGCAUAAUGAAACGUGUGAAUGAACUCACUGGCAUUAAAGAAUCAGACACUGGUCUCGCUCCACCAGCUCUUUGGGAUCUUGUUGCCGAUAAAGUUUGCUUAUCAAGCGAUCAUCCUCUUCAAGUUGCGCGCUGCACUAAGAUAAUUAAUGCGGAUUCUGAGGAGCCAAAAUACAUAAUUAACGUGAAACAAUUUGCGAAAUUCGUCGUUGACCUAGCUGAAUCGGUGGCGCCAACUGAUAUCGAGGAAGGAAUGCGUGUGGGUGUGGAUCGUACCAAGUACCAGAUUCACAUCCCACUUCCUCCCAAGAUCGAUCCCUCCGUUACUAUGAUGCAGGUUGAGGAUAAACCAGAUGUAACCUACAGUGACGUUGGUGGUUGCAAGGACCAGAUUGAGAAGUUGAGGGAAGUCGUUGAACUCCCUCUUCUCCACGUACGCGGGAAUGUUGUGCUGGUCCUAUUCAUUCUUUGA